AUGGCACAGUCACAGUUGCAAAUACCGAUGCAAUUUGACUUCAGCAAACCGGAGGACUGGGAACGCUGGAUAAGAAGAUUCGAAAGAUUUCGACAAGCAUCAGGAUUAGCAGAGAAGACAGACGAGACACAAGUAAGUACGUUGAUCUAUUCUAUGGGUGACAAGGCAGAGGAUGUGCUGCAGACGUUAGGAUUGAACGAGGAGCAGAAGAAAGACUACAAGACCGUAAAAGAGACUAUGACGAGCUUCUUUGAGGAGAAAAGGAAUAUCAUUUACGAACGCGCGAAGUUUAAUCAAAGAGUUCAAUUUGAAGGUGAACCAGUGGAUGAAUUUAUUACUUCGUUAUACAGUUUGGUAGAACAUUGUAGUUAUGGAGAACUUACUAACGAAAUGAUUCGGGACAGAUUGGUAGUUGGACCGAGAGAUGCAAAGUUGUCAGAGCAACUUCAACUUGAUGCGGAGUUAACGCUUGAAAAAGCAGUGAUAAAGGUAAGACAAUCGGAGUCAGUAAAGAAACAACAAGAUGUAAUUAGAGCUUCUGCUGAAACAACGCAAGUAGCUAGAGUAAAGUCUAAUCAAGUUUGGAAGGACCAUAAGAAACUAGGAAGUUACACAACGGCAAGGAAAUUUUUCCCAGCGGAGGGUAGGAAACGCUGCCACAGAUGUGGGAAAGUGCCAGAGCACAGCAAGAGUCAAUGUCCUGCUAAAGACUGUAGAUGUAAGAAGUGUGGUCGAAUGGUCAUUUUGCUCAAAUGUGCAAAACGAAAAAGGUUUCGGAAAUACACGUAUCAGAGAAGCAGUAUCUUGAUUGCAUUACUAAGGAAAUUUCUUGACAAAGUUCCAAUAAAUUUCAAGAUUGACACCGGAGCAGAUGUGAAUGUUCUUCCUGAAAAUAUAGCUAGAAAUGUUUUCGGAACAAGGUUGAAGAAGUCUAUACGCUGUCUGAAAGGACCGAAUCAGAAGCCACUAGAAGUAUGUGGACAGAUAAAAUGUAAAUUAGAAAAAGGAAGUCAAUCAGUUAAAGAGGAACUGUAUGUCAUUAAAGGUCUCAGGAAACCAUUAGUAGGACUUCCUACGAUAAAAGCUUUGAAACUAAUCACGAGAGUUGAUCAAGUAGAUGUGGAUCACGAAAUGAUAGAUAAACAUCCGAAAUUGUUUAGUGGGUUAGGAGUUAUGAAGCGAAAGUAUAAAAUAGAGCUGAAAGAGAACGCACAACCAUAUGCUCUAUCAACUCCAAGAAGAAUUCCUAUACCGCUAUUGCCAAAGGUAAAAGAAGAAUUAGUUAGGAUGGAGAAAGAUAAUGUCAUUCAAAAAGUGGAAGAGCCAACAGAUUGGGUUGCAGGAAUGGUUGUAGUACCUAAACAGAAUGGAAAGAUGAGAAUUUGUGUCAAUUUAACUCAGUUGAACAAGUGUGUUAAGAGAGAGAGACACAUUAUGCCUAGUGUUGAUCACGUGUUAGCUCAGUUGGAAAAUGCUGUGGUAUUUUCAAAACUUGACGCAAAUUCAGGUUAUUGGCAAAUUCUAUUGACACAAGAGUGUGCACCAUUAACGACAUUUAUCACACCAUUUGGUAGAUAUUUUUUCAAACGUUUACCUUUUGGGAUUACUUCAGCUCCAGAAGUAUUUCAAAAGAGGAUUUCACAAAUUUUGGAGAACUUGAAAGAGGUUAUCUGCUUAAUGGACGAUAUUCUGGUAUUCGGUACUAAUCAACAAGAGCAUGAUUGUAGGUUGGAAGCGGUGUUAGGAAGAUUGCAGGAAGCUGGAGUUACUUUGAACAAGGAAAAGUGUCUGUUCUCAAAACGAAGAAUAAAAUUCUUGGGUCAUGUAAUUGAUUCACAUGGAAUUAGUUCAGAUCCAGACAAAGUUUCAGCAAUUCUGAAUUUAAAGGAACCCAGAAACAGAACUUACAUUAGGAGUUUUUUGGGAAUGGUCAACCAACAAAGUAAGUUUGUAAAAGGAUUAGCAACGUUGACUGAACCUCUCAGAGCAUUAUUGUGUGGUCGAAAUGCUUGGAUCUGGGAUGAUAGACAAAGGAAAGCGGUAGCAGAAAUCAAGAAGAGAUUAAGCGAAGCCCCCGUACUAGCAGUCUAUAAUCCAGAGAGAGAAACGAGAGUUGCUUCAGAUGCUUCUUCAGUAGGACUAGGAGCAGUGAUUGAACAAAAACAGAGCAACGGAAUUUGGAGAGCCAUAGCAUAUGCAUCACCUUCAGAGUGGGCUUGUGAAAAGUUUUCAUGUUAUCUUGUAGGCAAGACUUUCACGUUAUUAACCGAUCAUAAACCGUUGUUGACUUUGUUCGGACGAAAAGAAUUGGAUGAACUACCACCACGAAUUCAGAGAUUUAGAAUGAGACUGAUGCGAUAUGAAUACAAGAUAGACUAUGUACCAGGAAAAGAACUAGGAACGGCGGACACUCUUUCUAGGUAUCCAGUUGAUGAACCUACAGAGAUUGAUCACGAAUUUGUAGAAAUAGUCGAAACGUGGGUUAACCAAGUUAUGGAUCAUAUUCCUGCCAGUGAUAAAAGAUUAGAACAAGUUCGGCAAAUGCAAAAAGAAGAUUGGUUAUGCCAACAAGUAAGAAGGUUUACAGACGAUGGUUGGCCAGAGAAAAGAAAUCUGCAUGAAGAAUUGAAGAAGUUUGCUGCAUUGUCUUCGGAGAUAACUGUGCAAAGAGAUAUAUUGGUAAGAGGACCACAAUUGAUAAUUCCCGACAAACUAAGAAGAGAAAUGAUUGAGAGAAUUCAUGAAGGACAUCAAGGCAUUGUAAAGUGUAGAGAAAGAGCUAAAGCUGCGAUAUGGUGGCCACGUAUGAGUAAGGAGCUAAAGGAGUAUGUUUUUUCCUGUCCUGUAUGUUCGAGAGAAAGACGUAAUCACAUAGAGCCAUUAAUCACAACACCUUUACCUUUACUGCCUUGGCAAAAGAUUGGAACAGAUCUUUUUGAAUUCAAAGGAUCGCACUAUCUUCUUGUAAUAGACUAUUUGUCUCGUUACAUAGAAGUUGUUGAAGUUCGAAGCAUGACAUCAGUUCAGAUCAUUAACCAAUUAAAAGCUAUAUUCUCUAGACAUGGAGUUCCGGAAUGUGUGGUUUCGGAUAAUGGGACACAGUAUACAUCUGAAGAAUUUAAUAUAUUUGCAAACGAGUAUGGAUUUAAUCACGUUACGUCAAGUCCAAAGUAUCCAAAAGCCAAUGGAGAAGCCGAAAGAGCGGUGAAAACAGUGAAGACGUUAUUACAGAAAGCCAAGGAUCCAUAUCUUGCAUUACUGUCAUAUAGAACAACACCUGGAGCAAAGAAAACCUGA